UCAGAGCUCUUAGGAGUGCCGUCAUUAUUGUGUGCCAGUGGAGCAACAAUCCAACCUAGCAAUCCCCACAGUUUCUUCCCUCUUCCUCUUCCUCUUCCAAGUCUCCUCCUCACGGAUCGAUAACUCCUCCCCCGGCCCGCGACGGCGACGAGUUCCGAAAUCACUCUUCCUCCAGUUAGUUUGCUUCCGUGCUUCAUUCGCGAUGUUCAAAUUACGCCAAAGCCCCAUUUUUGCGGAUCCCUGAAGCAGAAAGAUAGGAAAUUUGAGCGAUUAGGGGUAAGCUUCAACGCUAAUGCUGGAAGUCUUGUACGUGGGCAGGUGAUUCCGGAGUUGGGAUUGGGUUAAGUUGGCAAAUGCCUCGGGAUCAGUGGGCUAGCUUCACAAUUGAGAAGCGAAUUUCAGUGUAGAGUUGGCUCGGUGCCUUCAUUUCGGGGCAGAGGAUUGGUGGACAAGAAGCCCGGAAUGGCCGAGUUCGUCUCGAUUUUUUUCGACAUUAUCGCUUUUCUGUGCACUGCUGGGGCCAUCGGCUUGGCGCUUUGGCACAUAUACAUGCAUCUUGUGAAUUACACUGAGCCUACUUACCAGAGAUACAUCGUCCGCAUCAUUUUCAUGGUUCCUGUAUAUGCAUUGAUGUCUUUCUUGUCCCUCGUAUUGCCUAGCAGUUCAAUUUACUUCAAUUCAAUCAGAGAAGUAUAUGAAGCCUGGGUGAUCUAUAAUUUUCUGUCUUUGUGCCUUGCCUGGGUCGGUGGGCCUGGAGCUGUGGUGCUGAGUUUAAGUGGUCGGAUCAUGAAGCCAUCAUGGUUACUGAUGACGUGCUGCUUGCCUCCUAUAUCAUUGGACGGGCGUUUUAUAAGAAGGUGCAAGCAAGGAUGUCUGCAGUUUGUGAUACUGAAGCCCAUUUUGGUGGUUGUGACGCUCAUACUCUAUGCUAAAGGGAAAUAUCAUGAUGGAAAUUUCAGUCCGAGCCAAUCGUAUCUCUACCUUACUAUCAUCUAUACUAUAUCAUACUCACUGGCACUGUAUGCAUUGGCGCUCUUUUAUGUAGCGUGCAAAGAUCUGCUUCAGCCAUUUAAUCCAGUUCCAAAGUUCGUCAUCAUUAAAUCUGUUGUUUUCUUAACUUAUUGGCAGGGCGUCUUGGUGUUUCUUGCUGCAAAGUCCAGACUCAUCAAGGAUGCAGAUGAAGCUGCUCGGUUUCAGGACUUCAUAAUAUGUGUCGAGAUGCUCAUUGCCGCUCUUGGUCAUUUAUAUGCUUUUCCCUACAAAGAGUAUGCCAGUGCAAACAUUGGAGGAUCUCCUGGCUUUACAAAAAGCCUUGCUCAUGCCCUGAUGUUGAAUGACUUUUACCACGACACUGUCCACCAGUUUGCACCGACUUAUCACGAAUAUGUUCUCUACAACCAUGGUGACGGUGAUGAGGGAACUAGGAAGUAUCGAUCGCGAACCUUUGUGCCCACUGGGCAGGAGAUGGAUGCAGUUAGAAGAAAUAAACACAUGCUUGGAAGCAAGGGGGAUGAAAUACAACUUUCGAGCCUUUCCUCUUCCGCUACAAGCACUCCAAAGGCUUCCACGACUGCUCCCAAUUCAGAGACCAUGAAAUCUUCUCUUCUCGUCGACAUCUCAAGCUCUUCCUCCGUGCCUUAUGACAUGUCACUCAUUGAUUUAGACUAUUCUCCAAAGGCUUCUCCUGCCAAUGAAACUGGAAAAAGGUGAGAAAGAAACAAGCAUGUCAUUCCCUGUUUUAUGAGGAAUGGUAAAUGCAAGACAGAGGGAGAAGAGAGGGAAGCGUCUCGUUUUGGACCUGUAAGCCACAUUCAUCCCAGGGUAUGUUACGAUGCCUUCGCUGAUUUAGGUUUCUCUUUUUAGUGGUUGGUUUGUCCGAUGUGCAUUGUAGAUACGAAGAACUGUGAUUACACAAUUGGUGUACUGCCAAGAUGUAUGUUGAUACAACUGAUUUACAGAAUCGAUUUUUUUUCCUCCCCCAUCA